AUGCAGGUGGUGUUUGCCACUAUGUCUGUGGCGCCCUCCAUCCGUUUGUCGGAAGAGAUCCUGGCAAAGGCAAUUCUGGCUUUUUAUGUUUCGUCCAAGCUGGUGCCAGCAGGGGUCACCGAGGAGGCCUUAGAAGAAUGGUCUGCAAAGAUGGGCGCUGGCCUACGCAAAUUGGGCUCCAAAUUCAGGAGGUUGUUUUGGGAGACGCCUGGCAAUGCAAAGUCGCCUGGCUUGAAGCAGUUGAAGCAGCGGUGCAUUGAUGCAGGAAUUAGCCGUGAUGUGGUAGCAAAUGAUGCUUCGGAAAGUUCAUCUCGAGCUGCUUCCCAUGAAGACCUGGAUAAUGUAGCCCCGGCGCCAAGCAAAGCCAGUUCAAGCUUUGACUGGUCUCGUUUGCAGCAGCGCUUGAAACAGUGCAUGGGAGACAAACUUGACCUCUUGGCUGAAAGCAAGGGGCUGAAAAAAAGACCAGUGGCCACACCCAUUCGUGGGAAAGAUGGUUUGCCUGACUUUGUUUUGGAGUCCUUGUCCAGACAACUCCCAGCAGUGGCCCCUUUUGCCACCACAGCUGGGGAAGAUGACACCGUUGCUGUAGAAGAACAAGCAAAGCCGAAGAAACCAAAGGGCAAAUCUUCAGCAAAGAACAAAGGUGGAAAAAGAUCGAAGAAGCAAAAGGAAAUUGCAGGUCCUGAAGUUGAAGAAGGACUCAAACUGGAUGAGCCUCCAGUAGAUGCUUGUCCUGGUCUUGAUCCUGCAGCUUUGCUUCAGCAGCCAGAUGUGAAGUACAACCCAAACACUUUCAGCAAGAUGCGCUUGGCUUUCAUCAAGCAGCAGAAAGAGAAGGGCAUGAAACAUGUUGAGGCCAACCAGGCAUGGAUGAGUUCAAACUUACGGGCUGAUCUGGUGUCGCAACUUCCUGAGAAGGCGUAUGAUUACAUAGAAUACUUCAGUGGAGAAGGCAGAGUUUCAGCUGCCCUUUGGAAGGCUGGAUUUUCUGGAGUCAGCCUCGACAAGACCAAGGACAAGGAGUACCACACCUUUGAUUUCACGACAGUGGCAGGAUAUUCCUUUGUUUCGCUGGGAAAUCUUCUGGCGUCAAGAGUGGCCUUGCUGGCCUAUUUGAGCUUAGCCUUACUCUGUCGGUUUGUUCUGGAACAGCAAUACCAUGAGCGCUUUGGAGCUCACUUUGCAGAAUUGAAGAAGGAAAUGGCGGACCACCACUGGGAGGCGCUUCCGGAAAGCCCCUUUCAAGAACGCAAAGCAGAGCUCUUCAAAAAGAGCGACCUUGAACUUUUUCAGGAGGGAUUUGACAUCGAUUGGAAGAACGAAGAAGACAUAGAUUUGUGGGAAGAUGCCUGGGCCUUUUGUUUUCAUAGCAACCGUGGUGAGGCCAAAUUGUUCGAAGUCAUCACGUACCUUCGUGAACAACCUUCUUUCCGGCCAUUAGAUCGAUGGUCGGCACUUCUUGACCGAGCAUACCAUGAUGUGAAGAUCUUGAGGCAAAUGACCUUUGUAGAGCAUGAGUGA